CUUCUAUAGCGCAUUUGCUGUUCCAAUCGCUCACCUGCUGCCCAUUUGGCCUCCAUCGAUCCUUCUGCAAUCGAUGCGCCAGCAACCCUGCUCCUCUUCCACCUCCAUGCCCUCUCCUCUUCAUUACGACACCUGAACCAUCCCAACACGUCUAUUCCUCGUAAUCGCCACAUACCCUUCUCGCCCUGAACACCACCCCAUCCGCGCCACCACCGCUUUCCUGACCAGACACGCGAUCAUCACAGCUCACUCCAUCGCUACAGCUUACCACAUCACACCUCGGAGGAUAGAGGCAGCCGAUAUUCAUCAUGUCUGACGCAAUCACAUCCAAUGCUCACGACGUUGAGGGGAACAAGGAGAAAUCCUUGCCCGGCGGUUCUUCGCCCUCAACUCCCACCGAAGGCAUCAUAGAGUCCGAUGCUCAAGCAUACGGCCAACGUGGCGCGUGGAGCAAGGUCAGAAGCGCUUAUGGAUUGGGAAUGACGCAGGUUGCAUUGGUUGGCUGUAGCUGUCUGUUGUGCCCCGGCAUGUUCAAUGCUCUCGGCGGCAUCGGAGGUGGUGGACAGGUGGACCCUUCGGCUAGCUCGAAUGCAAACGCUGCGCUGUACUCUUGCUUCGCAUUCGUCUCAUUCUUUGGUGGAUCGAUUCACAACACGCUCGGCACCCGGCUGUGCCUCUUUAUCGGAGCGUGCGGCUAUCCACUGUACAUCGCUUCCUUCCUCUCUUACAACCACAAUCAAAAUCGGGGCUUUGUCAUCGCGGCAGGAGCCAUCCUCGGAAUUUGCGCAAGUCUGUUCUGGACGGCUCAAGGUGCCAUCAUGCUGUCCUACCCUACCGAGCAGCAAAAGGGAACGGCAUUUGCUAUUGUCUGGCUGCUGCUCAACAUUGGUGGUGUGCUAGGAAGCGCCAUCGAGCUUGGAAUCUCCUACGACAGUACGGCAGACUCUCUUGGAGACGCGGUCUAUGCUGUGUUCCUCGUCCUCACAUUCUUGGGCGCCUGCUCCACGCUGCUCCUCAAAGCUCCCAGUACCGUAGUCCGUGCAGAUGGCACGAAUGUCAUCGUACCGAAAGGCAGAGAUUGGCGCAAAGAGAUCAAGGGCGUCGUGAUGCUGCUCUUCAAGGAUCCUACCAUCCUUCUACUCUUUCCCCUCUUCUUAAGCUCCAAUUUCACUUACACUUGGCAACAGCAGAUGUACAUCGCUAGAAGGUUCACGCUUAGGGCUCGUAGUUUGGGAAGCAUGCUUUACUGGUUGGCUCAGAUGGUAGCUGCGUACAUGUUCUCCUUCCUGCUCGAUUCCAAGCGUCUCACUCGACGGGUGCGCCUCAUGGUGUCUUGGGUUGUUGUCUUCGUCUUCGUCUGGGUCGUCUUUGGUGCAUGCUAUCACGUUCAGCUGGGCGUAACGCGAGCCAACACGGACCCGGACAAUCCCGACCGUAUUCCGCUGGUCGAUCUGAACACGUCGGCAUUUGCGGGAGGAGCGACGCUGUACUUUUGGUGCGGCUUCAUGGAUGCUCUGAUUCAAGGAUUCGCGUACGCCAUCAUGGGAGCCUACUCGAACAAGAUGGCUGUGCUUGCAAGUCUGGCCGGAUUCUACAAGGGCGUGCAGUCAGCAGGUGCAGCAGCUGGGUUCGGCAUGGACAGCGCUGCGACCGGAUUGAUGACUACGCUCGCCACGACUUGGGGACUGUGCGCCGGUGCGCUACUCAUCAUGUUGCCCGUGCUAUUCUACAGGAUCACGAACCACACUACGGACGAGGAAGAAGAGCGGGAGCAGAUCAACGAGGAGACGGGCGCGAAUCUGCCUCAGCCUGGAGAGAGGGAGGGCAAGCAAGCGAAGGAGGCGCUUGGGAAGGAGGUCAAAGAAGAGAAGCAUGCUGGCAAUCUGACCAACGACCCUGCGCCAGUCUAUCAAGCGUAGAUGAGUUGCGUAUGCGUGGACAAGCUGGACCACGGUGUCCAAAUCGAUGCACAGCCUUCUUCAAUCUAGCUGCUCGAUCUCUACAAAUCUUGUCCUCCCUGCUGCUUGGGUUUCUAGUCACCUGCACACGCCGCUUUCUGACGAUGCCGUUGUGUGCCUUUUUCUCCUCACCUCUCCCUGCCGAUACGACUUGACUUUUUUCCGCAUUUUGUACCAGUAGACGCGAACGCCCCUCCAAACAUCUCCGGCACGCACUGUUUCGCGCGCAAGCACGACGACGCGAAGGGAGAUGAUGUUCCAUGACAAGUCCGAUCUUGUUCGACGCGAUGAUAGGCAGUCGGGCGCCUUUUGGCGAAAAUGAGUGCAAUCGUCGAGCGUUCGAUGUGGGAAGUUAGCGAACGGGAGAGUGUGCACAGCAUAGACAUUUUCU